GCCCAGCCCAGCCGAGCCGGGAGCGGAGCCGAGCCGAGCCGAGCCGGGCCGGGCUCCCGGCAGCAACGGUGGCGCCGGGCUCCCUGGCCCUGGACGCGCUGCGCGGUCCGAGCGGCAGCAGCGAGAUGGAGCCCGAGGAGGGAGAGGACCGCACCCCGCUGCUGAAGGAGUCCCAGCCCGGCACGGUCCCCACAUGCUGCUCAGCUCGUUACAACCUAGCGCUCCUGGCCUGUUUGGGGUUCUUCCUCCUCUAUGCCUUACGUGUGAACCUAAGCGUUGCUCUGGUGGAUAUGGUAGAACCUAACACAAGCUUAGCAAAGAAUGUGACUUCCAAUGUGUGUCCAGAGCAUUCUUCAACCAUAAAUGUUCCUCGCAACACAACGGGGGAAAAGUAUUCUUGGGAUGCUGAUACUCAGGGAUGGAUUCUUGGUUCUUUUUUCUAUGGCUAUAUCAUUACUCAGAUUCCAGGAGGAUAUCUUGCAAGCAAAAUCGGAGGGAAGCUUUUGCUGGGGUUUGGCAUCUUUGGUACCUCUGUUUUCACCUUGCUUACUCCCUUAGCUGCAAACUUGGGAGUUGGCUACCUCAUAGCUGUCAGAGCCUUGGAAGGACUGGGAGAGGGUGUUACCUUCCCAGCUAUGCAUUCAAUGUGGUCUUCUUGGGCUCCUCCACUGGAACGCAGCAAGCUCCUUAGUAUUUCAUAUGCAGGUGCACAGCUGGGAACUGUUGUCUCUCUGCCACUAUCUGGUUUAAUUUGCUACUACAUGAACUGGGUUUAUGUGUUCUACAUAUUUGGUGCACUUGGCGUAUUAUGGUGGUUCUUCUGGAUGGGUUUGGUUAGUGAUACACCAGAAACUCACAGGAGCAUUUCACAUGCUGAAAGAGAAUAUAUACUGUCUUCUCUAAAAGAUCAGCUUUCCACACAGAAAUCUGUUCCCUGGAGACCUAUGCUGAAGUCCCUUCCACUCUGGGCUAUCGUUGUGGCACACUUCUCUUACAACUGGACUUUCUAUACACUUCUUACACUCUUGCCCACAUACAUGAAGGAGAUCCUGCGAUUUGAUGCACAGGAGAAUGGAUUUUUGUCUGCCCUACCUUAUUUUGGCUGCUGGUUAUGUAUAAUUCUGUCUGGGCAAAUUGCUGAUUAUUUACGGGAAAAACAGAACUUCUCCACCGUUUGUGUUCGCAAAUGUUUUACCCUAAUAGGAAUGAUUGGACCUGCGUUGUUCUUAGUAGCAGCUGGAUUCAUAGGCUGCAACUACGCACUGGCUGUUGCUUUUGUGACCAUAUCGACAACACUAGGAGGAUUUUGUACAUCUGGCUACAGCAUCAACCACCUGGACAUAGCACCUUCGUAUGCUGGAAUUCUCCUUGGGAUCACAAAUUCUUUUGCUACUAUCCCAGGAAUGGUGGGGCCAGUUAUUGCCAAAAUCCUCACUCAUAAUAAUACUGUGGGAGAAUGGCAGACGGUUUUCUAUAUUGCUGCCUCUAUUAAUCUAUUUGGAGCAAUUUUCUUUGCAUUAUUUGCAAGUGGAGAAGUUCAGGACUGGGCAAUCAGUGGAUAUCACUUGCAUAGAAACUGAAGAUGUUGAAAUACCAAAGCUGUGCUGAAUCCCAGUGUGCUUAAUAUUCUGUGACUGGAAAAGUGCCUUCCCUGCUGAUGCCUAGGAGUCUUCAGAGCUAUUAAGUUACACUAUUUUAUGUGUGCAUCUUUUGUACUGAAAAUAAUUUGACAUCCUAUGUGUGCUGUUUCCUAACAAGAAACUACUUGGAUUAAAUAUAAAAGUUUUUUUGCUAGGACAUGAUAUCAAAAAUAUGAACAGAGACCUUUUAAAUCAGUGUGCUAGGCUCCAAUACUUUCUAGUUUUUAAUUAAUAUUUUUUGAAUUAAUGUGUAGGCAGAUGUUUAUUGAUACUGAAAUGAGAGGAAAAAGUAGAGUGAUUAUAUAGCACUGUAAGGAGGAAUGGCAUGCAAAGAAUUGUACCAAAAAAUAUGUUUUGAUUGCCAUUAUGAGAUUAAUAGUUUUUUGCUGUUUAAAAGUGUAGAAGAUCUCUAGUUUUCUACAAUAUUUUAUAAGGCUUUUAUUUUGUCUGUGUUUUGAUGAUGGCUGAGAAAUGUACAUGGGAUUUACUUCUAUUUUACUCACAAGUUUUGAAUAUAUAAACAUUCCCUGUUUAAUGAAUACAGGCUUCACAACUAACACACAGCAAAGAGGCAUUAAAUGUACCAUUGGGACUGACAGACAGAACAAGCUAUGUGUCCUCUGUAGGGCAGGUUUUUUAAAUAGGCCUUAUUUUCAUUCAGCUCUGCAAAGAGGUAGCAGUCCAGCUCUGUGGUUUAAAUCCAGUACAAGAGUGAACUAGAAAUAGAAUAUCAGCAAACUUACCUUAAAAUAACUUUAUUUGGCAACUCAUUUUUUGUCUCUUUAAAUCGAUGCAGUGGAAUUCUUUCCUCUUGCAUGUAGAUAUGUUAGCCAGCUCAUCACUGUAAAAGAAAUAUAAGUCCAGUGUAGCAAAUAAUGAGGAAAAUCAGUUCUCUUCUCUAACAGCCUUGUUUGUUAGUCUAUUAAAGCUAGAGUAAAACAGAACUAGUGCAAUAACCCGGUGCUGUUAGUCUCCUAUCAAGACAGAAUUUGACACUCAAGAGCAUUCUUUGCACAACACGCAGUUAAAUGCCUCACAGUAGGGUUAAAUGAAGUGUAUGAAAGCAGUGGCCUUGUUAAGAACAAACGGCUGAAUGAUCUUGUAGCCACAAAGCAAAGGAAAAUUCCUGUGCCAAAGAUUCCUGGAUUGGAGCAAUUAGGUUAAAAAAUAAAAAUUACUGGGUUCUGGGUUUUUCAUUUACCACCAAUCCAAAAGAAAAGCCCAGUACUAAAGCUGCUCCAGUGGAGCCUACCAUCCUUCAUUUCUAGGAAAUGGCAUCUGCCUCUUCUUUUUAGCUUUAAGAGCCAUUUUGUUUUGGCCUUCCUUGAAGUGUCAUGUUCUCUGAUGGUAUGGUGGAUUUAAACUGUGUUUAAAUCUCUUCUUGUGUCUGCGGCAUUUCCACAAUAAACACUGUGAGUCCAGAUUAAAUUAGUACUUAUUCAGUGGGAGUAUGUUAAAGCUAUAUUGUGUCUUCAGUGUUUCCACAAUAAAUGGAUUGAAUAUUUACAUGUUCA